AAAACAACUUGAGUUGCUGUUGUGAUCCCCUGGACAUGCGAAAGGGGAAAAGUAGUUUAAAAGCAAAACUUUCAAACAGCGUCAAGAGUCGUAAUCCAUCCAUUGUUCAGCAGCAAACAGGAUCAGCAUGUUCCGAAACCAAAUCAGUUCAAGACCUCCUUUGGAGCUCUCGCCCUCGUGGGAGGGUUAGAGAUGCCGACGAGAACAAGGUCGUGAACGCCUAUAGUUGGUAUCUUGCGCAUGUUACGCCUCCGUUGCGAACGAGAACCUUUGCGGGUCCACCGCCCCCUAAUGGUUGGGUCCAAUUAUGGAAGGGACCCCGAACGCUAACAGCCGACGACCUGACCGUAACUUGCCAAAGUUUGCAGUCGCUAUCUGCAGAGGUCGUUGCCAAAAACCUACGGUUACGUGCACGCUUGGCGGGCGAUUUGCGGGCGAUACCAUUUCAUCAGAAGGAGAACAUAAUGAAGUGUGCAACUGGAAUGCGGGACACUGAUUUGGCCUUGUUUUCCGCUGAGGAUCUUACAAUCGUUGCCUUACGAAGAUCAGCGGUGACUGUUGAGGGACUCGCGAGAUUUCUUAAUGUGGCAUUAAUUGUGGAUGAAGAUGACAUACAGCCACAUAUGGAAGACAUGGAUGCUGAGAAAAAAGAGGAAAUAGUGGAUUCGUGGGAAGAGUUGGAGGAGGAUGAUAUGAUCCCCAGGUCAAUGGAACCCGUCGGUUACUCGCAUAUCCAUACUCUCGACAUAUCCUUCAAUGUUCGAAUUACUGGGGUGGCUUUUGCAAAGUUGAUCACGCAAGCCCUCCCGCGCUUGUUCAUACUCAACAUAUCUGGUUGUUUUGAUCAAGUGCAGGGCCCAAGUACCUUGGGUAUACUGUCCAGGAAAUUGAAUUAUCUCAAAGAACUGGAUGUAUCAUAUUCCAACUGGGUCACAAAAGAGGUUUUGAUGUGUAUCGGUUGGGAAGAAUGGUGGAGGAGCUUGGAGCUACUGCAAAUUGUCGACUGUGGAGACGGUGUACAGGCAGUUAGGGAGGAGCUUAAAGUGAUUCGGCCGAGUCUUGUAAUCCGAUACUGAUGUGCAUGUUUUAUUGCGGUUAGCUAUUGUUGAUUAAACAUAGAAUAACCUAACACUGAAUUCUGAUAAAGGCAUGUCUCCAUCGUAAAAGGAUGUCCUAAUAAUUGUGUUUCCGCUCAGAACUGAAGCGGGUAUCAUACUACCAAUGUCCGCCUCAACGGUGUGCUGCCAGGAGUUGG